UACUUACAGCAGCAAGGUGUUCCGUGUUACCUUCUUGACUUUGGCUGCAUCUGUAACUGUGCCCCUGCUUGGAGUAACUGUUCUCUUGGAUUGUCCUAUAGACCCUCAGCCUAUAAGUCUGAAGGAACCUCCCCUCCUGACGGGUGUUCUAGAGCCCAAUACCAAGUUACGAAAAGCGGAGCGGUUAUGGGAAAAUCAGCUGGUUGGACCAAAGUCCAUUGUCAAUAUUGGAGAUGUGCUGUUUACUGGGACAGCUGAUGGGAAGAUUAUCAAAAUUGAAGAUGGGGAGGUACAAACACUAGCCAGAAUUGGCCAUGGUCCUUGUGGAACCCAUGAAGAUGAGCCAACCUGUGGAAGACCACUUGGCAUCAGAGUGGGGCCAAAUAACACCCUUUUUGUGGCAGAUGCCUAUUAUGGACUCUAUGAAGUUAAUCCUGGUACAGGUGAAACGAAAAUGCUUGUGUCAACCAAAACACUCAUUGAAGGUCAGAAGUUGUCAUUUGUGAAUGAUCUUACAGUGACCCGGGAUGGGAGGAAAAUCUACUUCACUGACUCCAGUAGCAAAUGGCAAAGACGAGACUACUUAUUCUUGAUUAUGGAAGGCACAGAUGAUGGGCGCCUGCUUGAAUAUGACACACUAACAAAAGAAGUGAAAGUCUUAAUGGUGGGGCUAAGGUUUCCCAACGGUGUCCAGCUCUCCCCUGCGGAAGAUUUUGUCCUCGUGCAGGAGACAACCAUGGCUAGAAUCAGGAGGUAUUAUGUAUCUGGGCUGAUGAAAGGUGGAGCAGAUAUGUUUGUUGAGAAUAUGCCUGGUCUUCCACAUAAUAUCAGGUUAAGCAGCUCUGGAGGAUAUUGGGUAGCUAUGUCAGCUGUCCGGCCCAAUCCUGGAUUUUCUUUGUUGGAUUUCUUGUCUGAAAAACCGUGGAUUAAAAGGUUGAUAUUUAAGUUGCUGAGUCAGGAAACGGUGACAAAGUUUGUGCCCAAGUAUAGCCUUGUUGUUGAACUUAGCGAGACGGGCUCCUACAGAAGAAGUUUCCAUGAUCCCAAUGGAGUGACGGUGGCUUAUGUUAGUGAGGCACAUGAGCACAAUGGAUAUCUUUACCUGGGCUCCUUCCGAUCUCCAUUUAUUUGCAGACUUAAUCUUCAGCAUAUUUAACUGCCCAUCCAUGAUAAGUGCCACUGUCCUAUAAUACUCCAGAGGUAUGAAGGAAGUAUGCACUUGAGGCAGCGUGUGACCAAGGACACAAAGUGAAAGACAGUUUUAACGUGCAGCAGCACUGUUCUCUGGCCAUAGAAAAAUGUACAGCCUGCUGUACCUUUCCUCUUCCCUGGUUUGACUGCUCUUGUUUUGGAGUUGGCAUGAAUAAUUAUUAAUAGCUGAGGAGUAUGGUUAUGUGCUCCUUAAAGAAAAUCCAUUGCUUUUUCAGGCCAGCCCUGUUUGGAGUCAUCUUAAACAGACAUUGUCUAUUACCUUUAAUGUGACUGUAUGUCUUCUUACACUGGAAGGAUUUGUGAUGUAUGGAAUUGAACUGUGUAUGAUUGGAAUUGAUGAGGAAGUUUUGCAUGUGUUGAUUUCUGUUUUAGAACCUCCUGUGUAGGAGUGAUUACAGUGCUAAUGUUCUAAUGUCAUACCAUGGUGCUGUGGUAGAGGCAACAACAUCUGGAACAUGCCUAGAAAUCUAGUUACACCAUUUGGGUUUCUUCAAUUCCAGCCUGUGUAAUCAACAUCAGACACUACAAUUAACUGUUAAUCAACAUGCAGAAUCAAAUUUGAUCAUUAUCUG